AUGUCAGGCACACUCAUCUCGUCCCUAGUGUGGGUACCUAGGGGUAAAUCAUCCGCCGAGCCAAAAAGGUAUAAUCUAGAUGAUACCGAAUUAGAAAGAGUUGGUAAAUUGGGGGGACCAGGUGUGCUGGAACAGCUAAGAGAGGAGAUGGAAGGUAUGGACGUAGGUGAAGGCGAAGACUGGGAAGACGUUGACGAGGAUGACGAAGAGGGUAGUGGGUCCGACUCGGAUAACGAAGAUGCAGAAGUAGAUGGAGGAGAUGUGGAUAUGGACACGGAACCUCAGGAACCACCCAAACCAUCUGAUCCGAAUGAUCUGUCUGCGUUCAAGAUGGAUGAAUACGACAACGAGGAGUCCAAGGGAGUCGCUAUGGGCGCCUUUGCCAAUGUGAAAGGUUUGUCAUUCUAUCGAGAUAACAACGAAGAUCCUUAUAUCACCCUCAAAGAGGAUGACGAAGAAAUCGAACGAGAAGAACUUUCCCUGCUACCCACCGACAACAUCAUCAUCACCGCUCGAACUACUUCCGAUCUCUCAUCACUCGAUUUCCACGUUUAUGCCGAUUCCGAUGAAAACCUAUACGCCCAUCAUGAUUUGAUGUUACCUACUUUCCCCUUAUGUGUUGAAUGGUUGGAUUUCCCUCCUGGUGGAUCAUCCUCAUCAUCAUCUGGUUCGAAGGGAAGUUACGUUGCUGUAGGAUCAUUUGACCCAUCGAUUGAAAUUUGGGAUGCAGACUUGGUUGAUGGUUUAUAUCCUGAAGCUAUACUUGGUCCAUCACCUUCAUCUGAAAAACCAGAAGCCAAACCAUUAGGAACCGGAAAGAAAAAGAGGAAACAGAUGGUUCAACCUGCCGCAAACGAUCAAUACCAUACUCAACCUGUAUUAUCAUUAUCUUGGACACCCAAUCAUAGAAAUUUACUUUUAUCCGGUUCAGCAGAUGGUACGAUCAAAUUAUGGGAUCUGACGAGAGAGUCACCCAUGCCAGCUUUAAAAUCGUGGAAUAAUAUCCAUAAAGGUGAGAAAGUACAGGGUGUAGAAUGGAAUAAGUCGACCUCGAAUGGGUUGGACAAAGCUGUACUUAGUGCUGGGUGGGAUAGGAUAGUGAAAGUUUGGGAUAGUAGAGCGCCUGAAGAUGCUAUAGGAACUCAGGUUGGAAGUGAUGUGGAGUGUAUAAGAUGGGAUCCAUGGGAACCCACCUCUUUCUUUGUCUCCCUCGAAAACGGUCUCAUCCUAGCGUACGAUUCUCGAACACUCUCAUCCUCCAAAGGAUCUAACAACCUAUCCACCGCUCAACCUAAAUAUACUCUUUCGGCACAUGACGGCGCAGCUUCAGCAUUAGACAUCAACCCUCAUAUUAGAGGUUGUAUCGCUACGGGAGGUAUGGACAAGGUCGUCAAAGUUUGGAAUAUCCUAGAUGAAGAGAGUGAAGGUGUUCAAGGUAGAAAGAGGGAGAUCAGUUUGGCUACAUCCAGAGAUUUGGGAUUGGGUAAAAUCUUCACGGCUAGAUGGUCACCUGAUCCAGAAACUCCCCUGACCCUCGCAGCAGCAGGAUCAAAAGCUACAUUACAAGUAUGGGAUGUAGCUUCCAACCCUGGUGCCCGAAAGGCCUUUGGAGAUAGGUUGAAGAAACACGGUAGGGAAUUGGGUGAAAUCAAGAAAGGCGGUGGGGUGGUGGUGAUCGAAGGUGGUGAGGAUGAAGAUACAGAUGAAGAAUAG